AAAAAGCAGACAUGACCAACCAGCCACUAAUAGAAACAAGAAGGGAAAAAAACCCUAAUAGAGUUAUUUAAAUAUUUUUCAUUAUAUGUUUUUGUGUAAAUAUAUUUAUUUUGAUGUUUUAUACUUUUAUUUUUCAAAAUAAUAACUAAAGAGAUUGGAUUUGAAGAGGUGGAGGCAACGAGGGUGUUAGAAGUUGUAUACUUGUAUGGUUAAACCAUCAUCUUUCUCAUAUCAUAUGGAAAACCAUCAAAACAAUAACCCGACCCGUGACCCAGACCUAGCAGAAGAAGAGAAGAAGAAGCGACACCAACACCCUCAGGUUUGGGGCACGUGGGAGGAACUCUUGCUAGCGAGCGCCGUCAACCGCCAUGGCUUCAAAGACUGGGACACCGUCGCCAUGGAGGUACAGUCGCGGACCUCCGUACCCAACCUACAAGCCACCGCGCUCCACUGCGAGCAGAAAUUCCACGAUCUCAACCUCCGAUUCGCCGACCAAUUAAACGACGCCGUGCCGCCGCUUCUCCAGAACGGCGCGGCCGCCGUCGAUAGCUCUGAUCAUGUCCCCUGGCUCGACGAAUUGCGAAAGCUCCGCGUCGCCGAGCUCCGCCGCGAGGUCCAACGCUCCGACGUUUCUAUCCUGUCGUUGCAGUUGAAGGUGAAGAAGUUGGAGGAGGAGAGAGAGAAAGAAAAUGACGGUAAAGUCGAUGAGAAAGCAGAUCUGGCGGUUUGCGGCGAGGCACGGCCCGGAAACGAUGGAACCGGCGGAGAAAGGGAAGUUCCGGAGCCGACCGGUUCUGAACCGGAGAUUCGCCGGCUCGACGAGAGCACCACGAACACUGAUAAGCUUUUGCCAACCACCGGUGACGAGUCGGACCGGGAAAAUCAGUCGGUUAAUGAGUCGAACUCGACCGGUUCGCGGUUUGAGGGAGGGAAAACCGGAGCAGGAGAUGGUGAUGGGAAGACGGGGGUAGGGGCGGUUCCGGUUCAUCCCGGUCCGAAAGAACCGGAUCCGGUUGGCAGGAAGCGGAGACCGAUUGGGGAGGAAUCGAAUAACGGAAGCUACGAUACUGAGGUUAAAGUUCCAACGUGCGAGUCGCAGCCGCCAAGUGAGGAGAGGAAGGCAGAGGAUGGUGACUCGUCCGAGUUGCGUGAUGACUCGGUGGGCCACUCGGGGGAAGGGGGACGAGGGACGAGGGAGAGCAGCGAGGUGCAGAGCUCUGCUAGCCUGACGAGGAAGAGGAAGACGCGGCGGAGGAAGGAGGCUUCCGGUGGUAGUGGUGGCGGCGAGGUGGCCCUGGAGAGUGACGAGACCAUGGUGAAAUCCGAGCCGUUGAUUGGGCUGUUGGAGAUGAUCAAGGCACACGAACACAGCUCAUUGUUCGAGCGCCGUCUCGAGAGCCAGAGACAGCACGUGGAUUUGGAAACCAUACAAUCGAGACUCCAUAAAGGACACUAUUCCUCUAGCACCAACUCUUUCUUUCGUGACCUUCUCCUCCUCUUUACGAAUGCCACCGUCUUCUUUACCAGAGACUCCCUGGAAUCAACGGCGGCGCAGCAGCUGCGGCGCCUCGUCAUGGCAGAGAUGAAAAACCAAGGCCAAGCACAAUCUGAUCCCACCCCACAGAAGACGGAUUCCAACCCUCCAAACGCUCCUCAAGCCAAACCAGAAUCUCUCCUUUCCAAGCACAAAGCCUCUGCUCCAAUAUUGGUAUGCCGAAAACGCAGUUCAAUGUCAUCUAAACCUUCCCCGGCGACCUUUGGCCAAAAGGGUGACCAACCCGUCACCGAUAAGAAGGAAAAACCAUCUUCUGAUGCAAAACCACCCAUGAAACCCUCUUCUUCCGAGACAGAUGAAGAUGAGCCUCCCAAGGCCAAGGAAAAGCCGGUCACCGGAGCUCGAAGCCUGAGAAGAAGCAACAAGAACCUCAGCAGCAACAGCAAUUCUGGCAAUAAGAAACUCCCCACUAACUCCACCAUAAAAGCAGCGACUUUGGUGACCAAGGCUGUCGAAGCCGCAAAACCAGACAAGAGCAAAGCAGAGGGAGGACAGGACAAGAAGAAGAAUGCCGCUGCUGAUUUCUUGAAACGAAUAAAGCGAAACGCUCCAGUGGAGGCACUGAAGAGUGGCAGUGGUAGUGGUGGAGGAAGUAGUAGCAGCAGCAGAGGUGGGACUGCAAGUAUGAAAGAGCAAAAGAAAAUUGUGAAUAGUGGAAAGGGUGAUAAUAAAGGGAAAGAAAGGGCGUCAAGGCAUAAUAACGGUGGAGGAGGAGGGUCAGGGGAUAAAAGGAACAAGAACGUUGUUGAGAAUAGCAAGAGGAGUGUAGGUAGGCCUCCAAAGAAAACAGCAGAAAGCAAUACAGCUUCUGCAAAGCGUGGGAGGGAAAAUAGUGCUAGUGCUAGUAAGGAUAAGCGACCCAAGAAACGUUCUAAGAAAUGAUCACAAAUUUCAUAAUUAGUUAGGCCUUUUUUAUUUUUAUUUUUUUGUAUAUUAUUAUUGUCAGAGUGUCUUUCUUACUUAUUUUACACUACUAAUUUAUUGAUCAGUUGUGGCCUGUAGUCAGUUAAGUUAUAUGUAACUUUUUGUAUCUCGGGUCAAUCCUUGUAACAUGUUUCAUUCCUUACUUUUACUUCAGUGGAAACCUCAUCGUCUGUUUUAAUACAUGUCACAGGUUUUUUGUUUAACCAAUAAGGACCAAGAUUGUG